ACUACCUGCUAAUCAAAUACCUCAAAUAUAAAAUGAAUCAAACACAAUUAUUUAUGGCCUAAAGGGAAUCAAGAGAGAAAACUGAAUUAGGGCUCGAAUUCCGUCCACAAGCUCUCGCACUUGGCCUGUUUCUCAUUGCUGCCCGCCAUUGCCUUUGAACAUUCAGCUUGUUCUGGUAAGGAAAAAAGAUGGUCUUUCUAAUGCUAUGUUGUUCAGUGGAGAAGCGAGGAAUUUACCCAAGAGUAUUCAAAUCUGAAAGAAGUGAACCCGACAAAGGAUGUUCAAUAUGUAUUAUAUACCUCUAAAACAGAAGCCAAUUUUGGUGCAUUGCAAGAAGACGCACACGUGACAUUGUCCAAAAGAGGCAUGGUCCUAGGAGAUGAGAAGGUUGGUGUGCACAUGAUGUUGGAGAAGCAAUCCAAUAAAAGGAAAAAAAAUGCUGCCCCUAAUGGUUGUGAAGUGAAAAAAGGUGAUGUUAAAGCUGUUGAGCGUGAUCUAUGUUUCAAGGAAGAGAAGCUCUCUUCUGUAGGGACCAGGAAAGAAAUGGAUAAGGAAAAGAUGGGAACUAAAGCACCCGGAGAAAGUGAAGAUCGUGACAUCAAGAGAAAGAAAGAAAAAGGUGACAGAAAACAGCCCGGGAAGUUCAGUAAAGAUAGGAGCGAAGAUGCUGUCAAAAAUAUUGUGAAGAAGAAAAAUAUAUCAAAGAAUGAGCAGGAUACAAUGCAUGAUGUACUUGUAGACACCAAAACAAUUGCUCAUAAAAGUGGAAGUGAUACACAUGACAGUGAAGUGGUUGAGACACUCAGCGAGGGCUCUGGUGGAAAUGGUAUAGCCGAGGAGAAGAGGAAGAAAAGGAAAAAGGAAAAGAGGAAAAAAGAGGAUGGACGGGUAGAUAUUGUGACUGGAGUCAAUCAAGGUGAUGUUUCAACCAUAGAAGAGAUAGAAGAUAGCAAAAUAGAUGAUGCUAACAUCAGAAAGAGGAAAAAGACAAGGACACAAUUGUAAAGAUCUUUCACAUGAAAAGAGUGAUAAAAGAGUGAGAUUUACAGGUGAGGUACAGGUUUUCCCUCCAUCCAGUUAUCCAAGUGAUGAGAAGCAUGAAAUUAAUAAAGAAAAAUUACUGUACGGCAAAUGGUUCACAAAAGAAGAAGAUGAAAUUGUCAAAGACGCUGUUUAUAGAUACAUCGAGGUACAUAACUUGGGCGGAGACGGGUUGCCAAAAGUGUUGGACUCUAAAUCUAUCCCUGAAUUAAGGGGCUGCUGGAAAAAGAUAUGGAAGGCUAUACCAUACAGGCCUUAUAUAGCAGUUUAUAAACGUGCACAACGUUUGUUUAGAAUGGGUGAGAAGGGUAAAUGGACUGAAGAAAAGUAUGAGAUGGUACGAAAGUUCUAUGGAGAACAUGGGCCCAAGUGGAAGAUCUUGGCUGAUGAACUUGGGAAAGAUAGGGUACAUGUGGGAAAUGCAUGGCAUAGGAUAAAACUGGACAAUCUCAAAAAAGGAAAUUGGGCUCAGGAGGAGAUCCAGACUUUGUUUGAUUUGCUAAACGCUAAUCUGCAACUGAAGCUUUUUGAAGAGAAGAAAUCUAAGCAUGGGAUGUUACGGGAUAAUAUUUGCUGGAGUGAAAUUAGUGACAAAUUGUCCACCAGGAUUGCUCUAAAUUGCUGCAACAAAUGGUACAGACAAUUAACAUCACCGAUGGUGGCUGCAGGUGAAUGGGCAGAUACUGAUGACUAUCGCCUAAUUGAUGCCCUUUUUGAACUGGAUGCAAGCUGCAUAGAGGACGUGGAUUGGGACAAUCUUCUUGACCACAGAAGUGGAGAGUUGUGUCGAAAAAGAUGGAACCAAAUGGUUCGUCAGCUAAGUCAACAUGAAAAUAAGUCAUUUGCCGUACAAGUAGAAGUUCUAGCUAAGAGAUACCGCCCGGAUUUGGUUGGAGCGAGGGAGGCUUGGGAUAGAAAACCAGUUGGCCCAUGAUAUGCCCAUCAUUCAGCACGGACAUUCACAUUUCUGUAGAGUAGAUGCUCAAGGAACAUGUAUUCUGAGGCAGGUCAAGGUAUCAGUAGGUGCGAUAUUCUGUACCCUUUACUUAGCAAUCAGUUUGAAGCUAGCUUAGACAUAUUUUUUUAAAAAUUAUUCAACUUUAUAUAGGUCAAAUCGACUACAUCGAGUGCAGGCAGUCUGUACAGAUCAGUCACUGAAUGAACUGUUGUUGUCUACAAACUUCUGCCGCUCUUUUUUCCUCUUUUUUGUUUGUUGUUGUCAAGAAAAGGUCUAUCAACUGA